GCGACCAUUUCCCGACAUCUAGAAUUUAUAAAAUAAGAAAGGUUUGCCGUCCAUCCUUCUUUUAACUUGCAGCAGGUCCCAAAAAUAUUAGUCAAAGCCCGGCAGGUUAACAGGGCGGCAAGGACCUCGAAACCUCGUCACAUCAUCCGAUUAUCGUGAACGACGGUUCUGCGAAGGAUCUUUCAGAGUGAGGGAACAAAAGAAAGAAAUCAGCCAUGGAAGAAAGGGCACAACUAUUCGAAGAAGCUGAUCCAGCAGCGCUGCUUUAGAGGUCGAUGAAAAAGAUAAGGCAAAUGAUCGACGAUGCACACAAGAAUGAGAACAGACUCCAAAGGUUCAGAUCAACACUGAAGGCCUUCACGCCGUUGAUGGAAGAGAUCAAAAUAUUUAACGAUGGCCUGGAUCGCCCCAGGGAAGAAAUACAAGAGCUGAUUCAGGAAAAGGAAGGAGGGCGCAGGCACGGUUGGACUGUCAAUUGGCUUUCUUUUGAUUCGAGGGCUGAAAAUGAUAGGGUAAAGGAUGUGCAGGAGACUCUCAACCAGGUAAGACAAAUUCUCCAAGCGAUGAGCUACAAAGAGAAUUCUGGGCACAGAAUUAUAUGCUUGCCUCCGCAAAGCCCAGAACUCGUCAUUGGGAUGGACGAGCCCUUCUGGAGUCUGAAAAUGGAGCUUCUCAGGGAUGGCGCAUCCGUCCUUGGAUUGACUGGUCUACCAGGAUCCGGAAAGACCACCUUGGCAGCGAAGCUCUGUUGGGAUGAUCAAGUCAAAGGUAAAUUCAGAGACCAUAUCAUUUUUGUGACCUUCUCAAAAACACCCAACUUUAGGGUCAUUGUGGAGGCGCUGCUUCAACACUGUGGAAGUUGGGUUCCCAAGGUUCAUAGCGACAAAAAUGCUGUUAAACUGCUGGGACUUCGUUUUAGUGAAAUAGAAAGACCAAUAUUGUUGGUGUUGGAUGACGUUUGGCCUGGCUCAGAAUCCCUUGUUCAGAACUUCAAGUUUCAGAUUCCCGAUUAUAAAAUUUUGAUCACUUCAAGGGUUACAAUUCCAACUGUAAACCCUCAAAUCGACUUGGGACCACUUCGUGAUGAAGACGCACUAACCCUUUUCCGUCACUUUGCUCUCGUCUCAUGCAUUCCCGACGAAAAUCUUGUACGAGAGGUUGUGAAAAGUUGUAAAGGUCUACCUUUGGCCAUUAAAGUAAUCGCUGGAUCACUGCGUCAGCAACCGUAUGAGGUGUGGCAAAAGAUGAUACAGGAAUGGUCGCACGGUCAUUCUAUUCUUGAUUCUAAUACAAGUUUGCUUAUCUUUCUCCAAGGAUGCUUGGAUGUUUUGGAAUUUGAGCCCAUCAUCAGGGAGUACUUCAUGGACCUAGGGUUAUUUCCGGAAGACCAAAAAAUUCCCGUCAUGGCUCUCAUUGAUAUGUGGGCAGAACUCUAUAAAGUAGAUGAUGACGGGAAAAAAGCGAUGACCAUAAUCGAUAAAUUAGUCUCCCUGAAUCUGGCAAUUCUCCUUGUUACAAGGAAAGUUGAAAGUGAUUCAGACAAAUACUACAACAACUACUUCAUCGUCCAGCAUGACCUUCUACGAGAACUCGCAAUUCAUCAAAGCAACCAAGAACAAUUUGAACGGAGAAGAAGAUUGAUGAUUGACAUAAAUGAAAAUAAUCUCCAAUGGUGUCUGGAAGAGCAGCAGCAAAGCAUUAUUUUCCGCCUGUUGUCAAUAUUCCUUAAAUGGCGAGCUAAACUAAAGCAGCAACCUGCCAUUGCACGCACAUUGUCUAUAUCAACUGAUGAAACAUUCACUUCAGAUUGGGCCAGGAUUGUUUCUGCAGAUGAAACAUUCACUUUAGAUUGGGGCAGCUCGCAGUUUUUGGAAACUGAGGUUCCAUUAUUGCAUGUUCGUACUAAGCAGUAUUCCUUACCGAAGUUCACUGAGAAAAUGAGUAGCCUAAAGGUUCUGACAUGCACUAAUAAUGGUUUCCAUGCUUCUGAAUUGGAAAACUUUGAGAUACUGGGUUCUUUAUCUAACCUGAAAAGAAUUAGACUGGAGAAGGUUUCUGUUCCUCCCCUUGGCACCCCGAAGAGCCUGCAAAAAUUAUCCAUUUAUGGUUGUGAUACAAGUCAAGCUUUUGGGAGCUCUACGAUACCAAUUUCAGAUUCAUUGCCAAUGCUAGUAGAAUUGAACAUUGACUAUUGCAAAGAUAUCGUGGAACUGCCUUCUAGUCUCUGUUUUAUUAAAACCCUCAAGAAGCUAAGUAUUUCUAACUGCUAUAAGUUUUCUACUUUGCCACGAGAAAUUGGAAGGCUGGAGAAUUUGGAGGUGCUGAGGCUGAAUUCCUGUACUGAUUUAGGAGCUAUAGCAGAUUCAAUUGGUGGGCUUUCCAAGUUAAGGGUUCUUGAUAUCUCAAUCUGCAUAAGCCUAAGAAAUUUACCAGAGAGCAUUGGUUGCUUACAAAGUAUGGAAAAGUUGUACAUGACAGGUUGCUCAAUGUGUGAAUUGCCAGACUCAGUCAUGAAUCCCGAGCAUUUAAAAAGUGUAACAUGUGAUGAGGAGACGGCUUUUUCAUGGGAGCUUUUCGCGCCAAUGCUUACCAAUCUAAAGAUCAAAGUGGUUAACUUAAAUUGGCUUCUUUCGUCUGCCUCAAUCUAAUCUAUGGUUUCGCCGGAAGAAAAGCAGCAUGAUGGUGCUGUUGGUGCAGCGCAGCAUUUUAAGUAACUAGCAUUCACUCUCCUGCAUGUUACACAGGGUCUUUUGGAACCCCACCUUCCAUGAGAUUCGUCCUAUGAGGAGGAGGACUCUUCACCUCUCCAGGAGGACUUAGAAUGAAAGUACUUGUUUGGAGUGGCCUGCAUUUUCAGUUCUAGGUCUUUUUUUGUGUCUCAUUUUCAGGAACUAUGUUGAAGUUGUAUCUUUUUGUAUUUUUGGUGGCUGUUCUUUGUAAGAUUAUAUCUUGUUCCCAAGUGUUGAAGAUCUCUGUCCGACCUUUUGAAGAACUUUGCAAAAGUGCAGUAGAUCUAUGGUCCUCUGGCCUUUUGAACAACUCUGUAAUAGGUGCUUUGGCACCAUAUUUUAUUAUUAAAUGUUAUGGGUAGUUUCUAUUC